AUGUCGCAGGCCGUGAAGAUUGGGGCUGUUUUGUUCACAGCAGCUGCGCUCCGACUGUGGUUUUUUGAGGAGACACUCGAGCCUCGCCAGUUGGCAAACAGACUGAACUCAACAUAUGACUACAUUGUUAUUGGCGGAGGAUCAGCCGGAAGUGUGGUGGCAAGCCGGCUGUCAGAAAACAACAAUGUGACAGUCUUGCUGCUGGAAGCUGGUGACUAUGAUGAUUAUCUCCCACAGAUUACUGUUCCUGGCCUGCUGUUCCUAAAUUUGAGAAGCCGCUUCGACUGGUGGUACGAGACGGAGCCUCAUGAUGGUGUGUUAACAGGUCUUAAAGCUGGUCGAGCCUAUUGGCCUCGAGGUCGAAUUCUUGGUGGUACCAGCAGCAUCAAUGGCAUGAUUUAUACGAGGGCUUCCAGACACGAUUACGACCGAUGGGCCCAGUACACCAAGGACGAGCGGUGGAGCUUUAAGAACGUUUUACCUUACUUCAAGAAGUCUGAGAACAUCAUGAUUGCUAGGCCAUACCAUGGUCAAAAGGGCCCUUUGUCUGUGAGCCUCUUGAAUACUGUACCACUCAAUGACAAACUCAUUGAGGGCGCCCAGGCAGCUGGAAUUCCUUACAAUGCUGACUACAAUGGAAGAACAAUGGAAGGCAUCAGCAAUGUACAAGUGACCAUGUUAAAUGGUGAACGUAUGAGUACUAGCCAAGCCUUUAUCCACCCAGUUCUCAACAGACCCAACCUGCACGUGGCCGUCAGAGCAUUCGUGACUAGAAUUAAUUUCAGGAACAAGAGAGCUGUGAGUGUUGAAGUGAUCAAAGACUUUAGACGAUACAUCGUCAAUGCCAGGAGAGAGGUUAUUCUAUCAGCAGGAGUUGUGGGUUCACCUCAGAUACUCAUGUUGUCUGGUGUCGGACCCAGGCAACAUUUGGAAGAGUUAAAGAUCCCUGUUGUUGCGGAUCUUCCAGUGGGUCAGAAUCUCCAGGAUCAUGUAGUGUUUGAUGCGGGCGUUAGAAUCAGAGAAGCCCUAACUACUCCUAUAAUGGGUAUAAUUACCUGGUAUACAAAAUUGCAAUACUUGCUGUUUCGAUCAGGUCCCCUGAGCUCAAACAAUGGCGGCAAUGAAGUGAUAUCCUUUAAGAGUACCACCAAGGAAGCAAAAGAGAAGGACUGGCCGGACGUACAGAUAAAUUAUGUUAUGUACAAGCCAGGCAGUGUCUUCAUGGACACUGUUAACUUUGCAGAAAAGACCAAGGCCGACUUGGCUGACAGAGACAGAGGAGACUAUGGCUUUACGUGUCUGGCAGCAGUGCAAAGGCCAGAGAGCAGAGGAAACAUCACCUUGAGAUCUGUGAAUCAUUUUGACUACCCCAUCAUCCAAGCUAAUUACCUGGACAAGCAGGCAGAUAUAGAAUCCAUAAUACAAGGUAUCGAAGAAUGCAAAAAAGUUGUCAACUCCAAACCAAUGCAAGAUAUCGGCGCAGAGUUCACGGAAAAAGAAGGAACUGAAUCGGCCUGCAGUCAGUAUAAAUUCGACUCUCACGAGUACUUGGAGUGCAUUGUUAAAUUCAGAUCACACUCCAAUUAUCACCAGGUUGGAACGUGUAAGAUGGGUUGCAAGGGAGACCCAUCGGCUGUCGUGGACAGUGAACUGAGAGUACAAGGGAUAUCCGGACUUCGUGUGGCCGACGCUUCCAUUAUGCCAUGGCUAGUCUCUGGUAACACAAACGCUCCAACAAUUAUGAUUGGUGAAAGGGCCGCUGACUUGAUUAAAGGUGUCUAA